AAUAUCCAUUAAUCAAUUUUGAUAAAAUGACACAUAUGGAAAGAAUAUAUUUUUUAAGAUGGGUUAAUAAUAGCAAAUAUGAAAAAUCUUUAUUUCAAAAUAUGUUAAUGGAUUUAUGGAAUAAUAAAAUAUCAGAUAAAAAUUUAGAUAGGAUUUUUCAAACUUCAUUGCUGUAUCAUAUUAAUAAAUUCAAAUCAUCCAAUGGAACAAAAGAAUCAAAUACUGAAGUCAAACCCAAUCAAAAAGAACCUCGACAAGAAAUAGUUUUUCCAUCGAUUAAAAGAUGA